ACUCGGUUUGCUGGGCGCAGCACUUAUCCCGAGCCGUUUAGCUGUCUCUUCAGAUUAAACACGGGCAUAAGAAUACAGAGCAGACAGACACAGACAUAACUGUACUGCUUUGCCAACUUUAAAGCGCUAUGGAAGGACCGGCUGUUGUUGGGACCCAGGGCUUCACCUGGGCAUCUCUGCUGGGCUGGGACCCCGCCAGUCACGGACUCUGGCUGCCUUUCUGUCCCCACAGCACUAAAGCCCCUCUCUUGGCGCCUCCUCGGGACUAUGGACAAAUAUGAGAACGCCACUCCCUCCAAUAUUUCCUACAGAGACUUCUUCCUGGUGGGCUUUCCGGGGCUUCGGGAACGGCGCUGGCUCUUGGUUCUCCCGGCCUCCUGCCUCUACGCGUUAAUCCUGGCCUCCAACGCCCUGAUCGUCUCCACCGUGGCCACCCAGCGCAGUCUGCACCAGCCCAUGUACGUGCUCAUCUCCCUGCUCCUGGCCGUCAAUGUCUGCGCGGCCACGGCCGUGCUGCCGCCGAUGCUGCCGGGCUUCCUGCGCUCCGCAAAGCCCGUGUCCCUGGAGCGCUGCCUCACGCAGAUGUUCUUCAUCUACUUCACGCUGCUGCUGGACUACAACCUCCUGCUGGCCAUGGCCCUGGACCGCUACGUGGCCAUCUGCCACCCGCUGCGCUACGCGGACCUGGUGACGUCCCGGCUGCUGGGCCCGCUGGCCGCGGCCGCCCUGAGCCGGAGCCUGGCCGUGGCGGUGCCCCUGGUGGUGCUGACUUCCCGGGCCCGCUUCUGCCGGACGGCCGUGAUCCGCCAUUUCGCCUGCGAGUACAUCGCCCUGCUGAGCAUCGCCUGUGGGGACCUCACCUUCAACAACCGCCUGGGCUUGGCCCUGCGGCUGCUCACCGUCACCUUUGAUCUGUCCCUGCUGGCGGCUUCCUACAGCCGCAUCAUCUACGCCGCCUUCCAGAUCUCCUCGGGCGGUGCCCGCGCCAAGGCGCUGCACACCUGCGGCUCUCACCUGCUGGUCAUCUUCACCGUCUACCUCUCGGGCCUCUCCACUUCCAUCGUCUUCCGGUUCGCGAAGUCUGUGUCUCAGGACGUGCAGAACCUGCUCAGCGCCAUUUACCUGCUGCUUCCCGGAGCCCUGAAUCCCAUCAUCUAUGGGGUGAGGACCAGGGAGAUCCGGCAGCAUGUGGAGAGGUUGCUCUGGGGAAGGGAACCAAUGCCGGUGACCAAGGACCCGUCAAAGAGGCUGCCAAAGACCCAGCCAGAGAGGAGACUACCCGGGUGAGGCGGGGCGUUAGCCAAAGCAACGAGCCAACAAGGCUCCUUGUCUAGAGCCGCACUAGAAUUUUCAGGAUUAAGUGGUGCCUUAUCCGUAGAUAAAGACUGGUGGAAACUACCACAAGGACAGUAGUACUAGAGCAGCGCUGUCUAAUCUCCCAAGUCUUUUGCUCUUUCCCUCAUGAUCAGUUGUUCAAAAUUUCGGUCCAUUGAGUGGAGUGGAGCAUGCACCAAAUUACACAGGUUCAGGUCCUGACUCUAGAAUCUCCCAUUCUUUCGUAAAAAGAGCUGAAGUCUAUCUGUAACCACAAUCCACUUUUUUCUAGUUCUUCUUUUUAGGACCAACAGAACAAAGUGAAUUCUACUAUCAUCCAAUAGCCCUUCUAUUUUAGGACACCUAUCAUGUUCCCCCUAUGUUUUCUCCAGCCUAUAAAUGCCUCCCCCUCUCCCCCGCCUUGCUUCCACCCGGAGUCAUAUUCAAGUCCACCAUGCAUCUGAUAUGUUGGUCCCCCUCCUCUGGAUGUAUUCAUUGUCAAGUUCCUUCCUAAUCCAUAAUUUGCAUAAGGAGACACAAUAUUCUAGCUGACCAUAAUGGGGUUAUCAAAUCCUUCCUUCUCAAAGGUCACAUGCUUAUAGCACUCAUGUAAAGUGUUAGACUUCCUAGGAUAUUUGGGAGAUAAAUCAGUAUCACACUCCCCCCCUCCCUCCCCCCAGCACUGAAAGGCUGAACUGAUAAUCCUAUAUUCUUAUUCUGAACCUGGUGGUAAAUACUCCAGUGUGAUUUCUUACAUUGUCAUUUAUUAAGGACAAGGACAUUGUAGGUGACGGGACAGGAAUACAAAGACAAGUAAGGCAGUUUCUGCCUUGAAGGACUUUUAUGAUUUAGAAGAUAGAAGGAUAAAAUGUAAAUGUAUGUCUCCUAUGCCUCAGAAACCCAUUGCUAAACUCACACAGACUAGGUUUGGUUUCUGAAUAAUCAUACUUUGGGGUUCAUUCCCCACCCCAAGUAAUCCUUGGGAACAUCAAAAAUGUGGCUUGUUACCCAAAGACCUCAGCUUUUGGGAUAAGAAUUCACUGUUUGACAAAAACUGC